AUGUUAUCACCUUCAUAUUUUUUCACGGGCUCAAUUCCAGCAGUAGCCGGUUUUCGGAGAAACUGCCCCCAAAUUCCCACCAUUCGUAUUGUUUCAUUAUCCUCCUCUAAAUAUGUGAACGAUACCAAUGAACACUAUUUCUGCAGGAAGUCGGUCAAUUACUGGGACAAGUUCUACAAGCGCCAUAAGAACAAGUUUUUCAAGAACAGGCAUUACCUGGAGAAGGACUGGGGCAAUUAUUUUUCGGUCACGGAUGAAGAUGUAAAUGCGAAGGUUCUUUUAGAGGUGGGGUGUGGAGCUGGGAACAGUAUCUUUCCCCUCAUUGCUGCAUAUCCUAAACUCUUUGUUCAUGCUUGUGAUUUUUCCCCCCAGGCUGUAACUCUUGUUAAGUCGCAUUCAAAUUUCAGUGAAGCCCAAAUAAAUGUAUUCCUCUGUGAUGUUGCAAAUGAUGACCUCACUGAGAAAGUUCUUCCAUCUUCUGUUGAUGUUGUUACCUUGAUUUUUAUGUUGUCUGCAGUUCCUCCGAAUAAGAUGCUUUCAGUGGUACAAAACCUUAAGGAAGUACUAAAGCCAAAUGGUCACAUUCUUUUAAGAGAUUAUGCGGUUGGAGAUUCUGCUCAAGUGAAGUUGGAGAAGAAGAAUCAGAUGAUCAGUGAUAAUUUUUAUUUUCGAGGGGAUGGCACGUGCUCGUUUUAUUUCUCUGAGGAUUUCUUGUCCAGUUUGUUCAUAAGGGCUGGCUUCAACAUUGUGGAUAUCAACACAUACUGCAGACAAAUGGAGAAUCGUUUUCAUAAUAUUUCAGUUCAGCGUCGUUGGAUUCGUGCCAUUUUCAGCAAGCCAUGA